AUGUUUUUCCGACAUUUCUAGUGCUACGCCAUUUUCAAUGGUAUUUAUUUGAGGACGCUUCGGAAAAUUUUCGUCGUCUUGAGGUAUACAAAUUGAAGCAAAAUGUCGCAAAGGUUUGCUCCUGGCCAGCCAGGAUCAGCUCCAGUGUCGGGCACACCACGAUAUCAGCCACCUCCGCCUCAAACAGCGGGUAUGCGGCCCUAUGCCGCUGGUGGCACUUUUCCGCAACGUGGCUUUCCUCUCCAUCAAAAUGCUGCUCAAUCUGGACAAAGUAAUACAAGUUCUCCAGGUGGACCGCCCUUACAUCAACGAACUUCACAACCUAGUUUUCAAAGUGGUCUAAGAGGAAGCGCCUCUGGUGGUGGAAGUAAAAGGUCAACUGAAUCUCGUAAUAUUAGUAGCAACCAAAACAAAGGGGAUUUUGGUGCGGCAAAGAAAAAGAAAAAACUCGCUGACAAAAUAUUACCCCAAAAAGUUCGAGAUUUGGUGCCUGAGUCCCAAGCAUAUAUGGAUUUAUUAACAUUUGAAAGAAAAUUGGAUGCGACGAUCAUGCGGAAGCGUCUGGAUAUUCAAGAAGCAUUGAAAAGGCCCAUGAAGCAAAAAAGAAAACUUCGCAUCUUUAUUUCAAACACGUUUUAUCCAAGUAAAGAGCCGACCAAUGACGGAGAUGAAGGUUCCGUAGCCUCCUGGGAGCUCCGCGUCGAAGGUCGUUUGUUGGAGGACGGGAAAGGAGAUCCUACUACAAAAAUAAAAAGAAAAUUUUCUUCUUUUUUUAAGUCAUUGGUUAUUGAAUUGGAUAAAGAGUUGUAUGGUCCUGACAACCACUUAGUUGAGUGGCAUCGAACGCAUACUACGCAAGAAACUGAUGGAUUUCAAGUAAAGCGUCCUGGUGAUAGAAACGUUCGUUGCACAAUACUACUAUUGUUGGAUUAUCAACCAUUGCAAUUUAAAUUAGAUCCCCGACUAGCACGUCUACUUGGUGUUCAUACUCAGACACGCCCAGUGAUAAUUUCCGCACUCUGGCAAUAUAUAAAAACUCAUAAACUACAAGAUGCUCAUGAACGUGAAUAUAUAAAUUGUGACAAGUAUUUGGAGCAGAUAUUUGGGUGCCAGCGAAUGAAGUUCGCGGAGAUACCACAACGUCUCAACCCGCUACUUCACCCCCCAGAUCCAAUUGUCAUCAACCAUUUUAUUGAAAGUGGUGCCGAAAAUAAGCAAACUGCAUGCUAUGACAUUGACGUUGAAGUUGACGACACGCUUAAAAACCAGAUGAAUAAUUUUCUAAUGAGUACAGCCAGUCAACAAGAAAUUCAAGGUUUGGAUACGAAAAUACAUGAAACUGUCGAUACCAUUAACCAGAUGAAAACUAACCGCGAGUUCUUUUUGAGUUUUGCAAAAGAUCCGCAAAAGUUUAUUCAUCGUUGGAUUGUAAGCCAAACAAGAGAUUUGAAAGCGAUGACAGAUGUGGUUGGAAAUCCUGAGGAAGAGCGGCGAGCUGAAUUCUAUUACCAACCGUGGACUCAUGAAGCAGUCUCACGUUACUUCUUUACAAAAGUAAAUCAGAAGCGCGCUGAAUUGGAACAAGCCUUGGGCAUACGUAAUGGCUAACUCUUCACAAUAUGCUCACACAUGUCGCUUCUUAAACGUCAAUUCAAUAAAUAUUCACCCUCAUUGCUAGAGUCGUAUCAAAUGCAAGACGUUUUUCGAGAGUCGAAUCGUAUCGAAAAUUUCACGUCAUUGCCUAAAAUUUUCACUCGACUAGUGUAUUAAAAUGGGAAAACUUGGCAGCACUGUAUAUUUUUCGACGAUUUUGGUCGUUUACUUAUUUCAGUACGACAAUAGACAAUGCUACUGUUGUCGAGUCGUACAAUUUGGCCUAAUUUACGACUUACGCAAUGAGGCUGAUU